AUGCACCGCCGCCUCACAGCCGCCGCCGCUGCCACUUCACUCCGGCGGUUCUCCAGCCUGCGCCCACCUCCCCCACCGGACCCGAGGCUCGCUUUCCUCCGCUCCGAGAUCGACGAACUAGACCUCUCGUGCCCACAAACACAGCCACCACCACCACCCCGGGGGCAAUGGCAAGUAACUGAACAGCCAGGAAGUGGCGGCGCUUGCACGGGGGACAAACCGGUGGCCGUGGACAUCGAGCACCCGUGGCCGGAGUGGGUGGCUCUGAUGGAGCUCCUUCUCCAGAAGGGCCACCUCGACCCCUCUGCCUUCGCUGGCGGCUCGCCGUCCAAGGACUCCAACCUUAUCCGCACCGCCUGCCUCCGCUUCGGCCGCGAGCGCCCGGAGAUCAUCAGGUAUCUAUCAAGAUGGGAUAUUCAGGUUGCUCUGCGUAGUGGGUGCCCUAGCAUUGACAGGAAAGUUGUUAAUUCUGGGAAGCGGUUGCGUGCUCAUGUAGGACUUGAUGAAGGAGAGGUUUGCAGCCAAUGCAAUUUAAGGGGAAGUUGUGAGAGGGCAUAUGUAAGGGCUCGGAAAGAGGAAGUGGGCAGAACUGUGGAUGUUAUGCGCAUCCUUCUGAGUUAUGGUCUUGAUAUCAUUACUGGUAAUAUGGGAAACAAAGCAUGCCUGAACAAGACGGUUAAAGAAUCUGUCAAGAAACUACUGAAUGAGGCUGUCGAGCUUGAUUCCAAGGGACCUGGUCCCGGAACUGAAAAAGCUGCACAGCGUGUGCCAAAGGGUCAAUCUGUUGUACCCACUAAGCAGGGCGAUUGGAAUUGUCCCAAAUGCAACUUCCUUAACUUUGCAAAGAACAUCAAAUGUUUGCGGUGCGAUGGUGAAUUUCAAGAAAGAUACCGGUUAAUGCAUGAGGACCAAGACCAUCUACCUCUCAAAAAGGGUGAUUGGAUAUGCAAAAGGUGCAAUUUCUUGAAUUUCGCAAAGAAUACACGAUGCUUGCAGUGUCAUGACAAACCAACAAACCGUUUACUCAGUCCAGGAGAGUGGGAGUGUGUCUCGUGUAACUAUCUGAACUUCAAGAGGAACGCACUUUGCCUGAGAUGUGGUUGGAAAAGACCAAAAUCCUUAAACAACCCAGACACUGAUGAACCCCGCCGUGAUCUGGAGCAGAAUAACCAUCCCGCUAUUUCAUUUGUUGAAGAUGGCAUUCAACCGAGAAAGCGACAAAUUCUGCAGAAGAAGGCUCCACUGUCCGACGAAGAUUCAGAUUUCUGGAGCUCAGAGGAGGAAGGGGAUGAUGACACCGAGAGCAGCAUGCUCCCAAUAAAUAAGGAGUACAAAUUCCUUGACAGUUUUCCCAUCGUUGGGGGCCGGACUGCUAUGUCGCAAGAACCUCUCGAGAGGGAGAAAUGGAAGGAAGAAAUGUCCAGGGGAAACCAAGGGCUUCUGAGAGAGGUAUCAGAAGAAAGCAAUCGGUCUUCUUUCUGUGUUCCCAGAAGCAUGGAGAUGCUUGAAUCUGAUGACGAUGACAACGAGAUUUCAUCAUGGUUUUCUAGUGGGACUAGAAACAGAAACCUGAAGAGCAACUUCCAUAGAAUUGCUGCGGUGGCAAGGAAACCGGCAGCAUCCAAGUUAUCCUCGAACAACUCGGGCUCUCCCUCUUUCGUGCUGCUCCUCGGCCCCAGCAGCUAUAUUUGCCUGCGCCUCUCUUCCUUUUCUGAGCCGAAAGACCUCACGUCGGGGCUUCGAAUAUUCGUUCUCCUCUCAGCUCAGCUCCGCCCGCGGAGUCCAGCGCAAGCGCGCAGCUCAGGAAGCGCGCAGCUGGAGGAGGAAGAGGGGUUCUCCAUGGGGUCCGAGGGAUCGGCCCCGGUCGUCGUUCCCAGAAAUUUUAGACUGUUAGAAGAGCUUGAGCGAGGUGAGAAGGGCAUUGGUGAUGGAACUGUGAGCUAUGGGAUGGAUGAUGCUGAUGACAUAUAUAUGCGUUCCUGGACAGGAACUAUUAUUGGUCCACCCCAUACUGUUCAUGAGGGACGGAUCUACCAAUUGAAGCUUUUUUGUGAUACAGAUUAUCCAGAUAAACCACCUACUGUCCGAUUCCAGGCUAGGGUCAAUAUGACAUGCGUGAAUCCAGAAACUGGAGUGGUUGAUCCAAGCCGAUUUCCCAUGCUUGGAAACUGGCAGAGGGAACAUACAAUGGAGGACAUCCUGAUCAGCUUAAAAAAGGAGAUGUCAACCCCUCAGAACCGCAGGCUCCACCAGCCUCAUGAAGGUAAUGAUGAUCAAAGAGUGGAUCAGAAAGGAGUAGCUCGAUGUGUCAUUAUGUAAGAUAUGCGCAUUGCAAUGUAUAGUGUUACACUGAGUAGCAUCAGAUGGCAGAGGCUGAGGAAACCCUGUAAAAUCAUGUUAUUUGGCGGUCGCUUAAUCGCUACUUCGAUCUGAACUGAUGUAUUGCCAGAAAUAAAAUAACUUUGCUA